CGGCAAUUGUCACUCUUUCAUGCGACUGCCAUUGAGCAAAGCUGCCCCAGAAGACGCACCGUGCAUUCUUAUGGCAUGCCCACCCUGCAGAUGCAACAGUUGCGUUGAUGGCCCCGCCCGCGAAGCGCCGCCGGCGGAAUGUCGUCGACGCUUCUGACGAUGAAGACGAGCAACCGCGAGCCAACACGCUGACGAACUUCCUGCUCUCCUCGCCGAGCUCGCCCGCCAAGAUCCGAGCCCCGACCGCAUCCCCGAGUCCUUCGAAAAGCAGAAACAUUUCAGGCCCGCUCUCCACGAAUGGUUCCAAUCGCCUGACCCGUCGAGCUACGCAGAAGAAGGGGACGAGCCCUAGCCCCAAGAAGUCGAAGGAUGUCGGAAAGGGAAGGGACGAUGGAAAGACGGCGGAUUUAAAGACACUCUUUUCGAAGCAGGCGCAAAGAGCCACGAAAGCUGGAGGACUCGCGGAUAGAAAGACGAUCCCUCUCGACGACAUAAUCAGCGACCCCAUAUCAGAGGACGAGAUUUCGGAGCUGAAGACCAGCUCUUUAAGCUUGGUCAGCCAACAUGCAAAGAAAAGACUAAGGAAUGGAAUACAACCGGCUUCAACGGAUAACCCGAGUGCCAGCCAGAGAUUCCUCAAGCCACCCAAACCAGCCUUUUUAGCGGCCGUCAACGAUGAUUCGAGGCCAUGGUCAGAGCGGUUUGGACCCAGAAACUUGGAGGAGCUCGUGGUACACAAGAAGAAGGUAUCGGAUGUGAGGAGGUGGCUAGAAGACGUCACAGCGGGACGCAUGCGACAGCGGCUGCUGAUCCUGAAAGGUGCUGCCGGCUCAGGCAAGACGACGACUAUGCGACUGCUCGCCAGCGACAUGGGAUGCGAGCUCCUAGAAUGGAGAAACCCUACAGGCAACUCUGGGCUGGGGUUUGUUUCAACGUCAGCGCAGUUUGAAGAGUUUCUUGGACGGGGCGGCAAGUUUGGUGCGCUGGAUACGGACAGUCCCGAAUCGACGGCCCCUAGCAGCUCACAUGCUACCUCGAAGCAUCAGUCCAAGCGUGUCAUACUCAUCGAAGAGUUUCCGAAUACAUUCUCGAGGUCGUCGACGGCUUUAACCUCGUUCCGAAAUACCAUCCUGCACUAUCUGGCCACCAACACCCCUUCCCUGUCCAUGUUCUCUCCGCAUUCGCAAAAUGAACAAGUCACGCCAGUGGUUAUGGUCAUAUCGGAGACUCUUCUGACCACAACAUCCGCCUCGGCCGACAGCUUCACAGCCCACCGCCUGUUAGGGCCGGAAAUCCUUCGCCACCCAGGCGUGGGCAUUAUCGAAUUCAACGCAGUUGCCCCUUCAUUACUUGCCAAAGCUCUAGAGCUAGUAGUGCAGAAAGAAGCUAGGAAGUCUGGCCGAAGGAAAACGCCCGGCCCAUUAGUGCUGAAGCGUCUGGGAGAGAUUGGCGAUAUCCGGAAUGCGGUAGCUUCUCUCGAGUUCCUCUGCCUGAAAGGUGACCAACAAGCGGACUGGGGUGCCAAGGUGGCAUUCACAAAGCAGAAGAAGAGUGUCAGGGAUGGCAUUGGGCUCACCCAAGGCGAGCAUGAUAGUCUGGAGCUGAUAUCCCAGCGUGAAGCGAGCUUGGGAAUAUUUCACGCAGUGGGAAAAGUGGUAUACAACAAGCGGGAUGAUGUCGCUCCUCGAAACGACGCCGUGGAGAACCUACCGGGCUUCGUCUCACACCACUCGCGACCGAAGCGUUCGCAAGUCUCUGUCGACUCCCUGAUUGACGAGACUGGGACGGAUACACACACGUUUAUCUCAGCGCUGCACGAAAACUACCUCCUCUCCUGCGAGAGCACCGGUCCCAUGGACCUCUCUACCCCGAUGGAUUAUGUCAACGAAUGCAUCGAAUACCUCUCCCAGAGCGAUCUCCUCUGCUCUUCUAGAGAUGUGUUCUUCGGUGGUAGGGGCGGCUUCUCAGGGAGAGACUCUGGCAGCCAGCUCCUGCGUCAAGACGAAAUGACCUUCCAAGUCGCUGUCCGUGGCAUGCUGUUCGCGUUGCCCAACCCAGUCAAGCGAAAAACAACCACCAUGGCCAAAGGCAGUGACUCCUUCAAGAUGUUCUACCCAACGAGCCUCAAACUGUGGCGCGCCAAGGAGGAGCUUGAGGGGCUUGUCGACGUCUGGUCCUCGAAGCUCCUCAAAGGUGAGGCCAACGCACCCACCAAGAACCUCACCGAUGGCGCUACGGCGUUCCGCCUCCCGAAGCAAACUUCUAGUGACACCUCAUGGAUGCAGCGUAAGCAGCAGAGCCGCCCGGAUGCAAUCACAAAACAACAAGAUGAGGAGUCUGAGGAGAGCGCACCGCUACUCUCACUGGGCAGCGCCGCACGGCGCGAGAUGCUCCUCGAGCGCCUACCUUACAUGGCACACAUCGCGCGUGGCCGUAAGACGUCUACCAUCCGCCUUCGCGACCUUGAGAAGGUCGUCUCGUUCCGGGGCAUAGCUGCUGCCGACGAGGAAUCGGACGGCGAUGAGGAGCAGGUGGCGGGGGAGGCCUGGGCCACGGACAAACCUUCUGAGGAGGCGAGUCCCCGAAAGAAGAGCUCAGGCAUCCGGCCUGGUGGCGUAUCGGGUCUCCUGGCACAGAAGCUAGUACUGAGCGAUGAUGAUAUCGAGGAUUGAGUCGGGGCUGAUGAUGGGAAUCAUAAACUGUAUGUACACUGUAAAAUACCAGGACGGAUUGCAUUUGGUUUGAUCAUGGUCGGGAUCGGAACUUAGCUUAGCUAUAAAAUGGGCAUGAACUAUUCAAGGAUCUUGGGUUUCAGGGCUUUGAAGCUGUGAAUAUAUUGAAUGUAUGUUCAAGCUCAGCAGUGUCAAUUGAACCACA